UUACCCCAUGUUCAAUAAAAAAAAUAACAUAGUACAAUUUCCCCACUGACCAUAAUUAUAUAUCCUGUAUAUACUAUCGAUUUUAACAAUACAUUUAGAUCAAGCGUGUCAUCACUUACACUUGAAUUUGAAUCACGCUAUAUUAAACUCUAUUCCUCAUCCAUAGAGAAUAUAAUUCCGUAAUAAAACACCUUCAUACAACCUGCUGGUAGGAUAUUAUUGUCAAAUUGUACUAAGUAUAAAUAGAUGGUGAGAUGGUGUUGAUACCAUUCAGUAAUCAGCUUGUGAAUCUGCAACAAGUAGAUUAACUCAAACUCAAAACCCAAACCACCAUAUGAACAUGAAGGUCAAGGUUUUAGUCGCGGUCCUUUUAAGUGCCUAUACAAUGGCUGAACCUCCCGUUGGAGACUACCCCUAUCCCGAUUACGCUGCUCAACGAUCGCUUUCCGAUACAUAUGGCCCUCCUAGUUUUGGUGCAAGAACUCAAAACCAAUUAACACAAACUUACGGCCCUCCCGAAAGUCAAAACGCACGUCUCUCAAAACAAUACCUACCUGCCCAGCGAAGUCUGUCCCAGGAAUAUGGAGUUCCUCGAAAUUUCGAUUCUUUCGAAUAUUCUGAUGAUUAUGUUCCACAAAGUCAAUAUGGUGUACCAUCAGCCCGUUCAGGUGAAAGCUAUAAUUCAGAGAAAACUCUUUCUCAAGAAUAUGGAUUACCUGCGAGUAAUUUUAAUGCCCAAGAGGAAUAUAGUCUUGAUGCAAGAAAUUUGCCUCAAGAAUACGAUGUAGCAGCCAAAACUCUUCCUUCAACAAGGCUAUCUCAGAAGUACGGAUCCCCAGCUCGUACCAUUGAUACAUCUGUGCGCGAUUUGACCCGACAAUAUGGUGUGCCAAAAUCACGUUCUCAAAACAUUCCUAAAUCUCAAUUCCCAAAAACCCGGGUAAGCCAAGUGUCUAACUCCUUUGGUGUAUCUCAAAAUAUCCCUACUUCAAGAAUUCAAGACUUCAAUGUAGCUGCAAAAUCGAUUGACUCUUCUUUCCCAUCCGACUCUUAUGGUGCGCCUUUGCAAAGAUCAUUUGACACCAUUUCUAAGGAAUAUGGAGUUCCUCAAACUGAAAAACCAGCUUUCCGAUCACAAAGUAUCUCCCAAACUUAUGGCGUACCACGUUCAGGGUCCGAUAGCUACUCAAAGAUGUCCAGAUUUGGCGCUGCACAAAACACAGUAUCUACAAGUUAUGGAGUUCCUCGAUUGUCUUCUCAGUAUGAUGUCCCAAGCGGCGGUAGAUCAAUAAAACCCUCAGAAACUUACGGAGUACCUAAUGCUAAAUCAUUUGAUGAUGCUAGAGUGAGAUCCAACGCAUUUCCCAGCAGUACAGCCUAUCUUCCACCCACCCGUGAAGCAAUGCCAACCUCAGGGUACGGAGUGCCUGAUGUGAACAGCGGUCUUUCCGGUCAGGGGUACAGUUAUGCAAGAAAUGCUCUGGAUGAACUGAUCAACCAAGAGCCAGCCAACUACGACUUUGGGUACAAAGUUAACGACCUUCGUACUGGAAGUGACUUCGGUCAUACAGAGACCAGACAAGAGAACAAGGCUGAAGGAUCAUACUUUGUAGUGCUUCCAGAUGGUACAAAACAGGUGGUUGAAUACGAGGCAGAUGACCAAGGAUUUAGACCCCGUAUCUCAAUAGAAGCAGUCGAUUUGGGAUACGACGAAAACGCAUCUAAUUUAGCUAAAUCCGGACCGUACUAAACACUUACUUAAAAAGGUUCUAUUUACGUAACGAUAAAAGGCUUUAAUGAGAAAUCAAUAGGUGUUUACUUGGCAUGAAAAAUAUGUGUGUAAUACUCAAUUUAUUUAUUGAUCGCAAAAUGAAAAUGUAAAAAAAUAUAUAGUUCGAACGUGUUUUGUACAUUGAUGAAAAUAAACCGUUUUUAAUUUA